UUUGGUGUGUGCACAUAAUCCCACCCAAUUCAUUUGUCCGCAGAGAGCUGCUCAAGUCCUUACAUGAGAAUCGCCCGCCAGUGCCUUUCCAUCCGGCAGAUAGUCAAUGCAACAUGGGAGGGCGCUCGAGAUUUCUGCCGCGCUCUGGAUGGUGACUUGGUUGUCGCUGCCUCCUUCCAAGAUCUUCUGCUCGGCUAUGUGAAUGCAUACUCAAGCUUCUCGAAGAUGUUCCGCUCCUCCAUGUGGAUCGGCGCCCGCAGGCCGGACGCGCACUCGAGCUUCCGUUGGCUGGACGGCUCGGACCUGCCCCCCCUGACCUCGCCCCUGUGGGACUACCAGGACAACGACGACUACAACUGCGUUUAUCUGGGGCUUCACCUCAACAAAACCUACAUGUACAGGAACGGCGAUUGUAAAGACAUGCAUCGGAUGACAUGCCAAUGUCUCGCAUGCUAAAGGAAUCCUCUGUGUAGCAUAUUUGAUUAUAUAUAUAUCAUCAUCAUGUUUGAA